AUGAAGUUGUUUGAUAAUUUUAUGGAUGACUGGAAGUCCCUUUGUUGGUCACCAACUGUAGAAGAGUACUGCAGACGGUAUAAACAGUUUUGUACUAUAUGGUCUCCUAAAUACAGCAUUUCAGUGAAUUAUGUGACCACUACUUGGUUAGAUAAGUCAAAACAGAAAUUUGUUCGAGCAUGGACUGAUAAGAUUAAACACUAUAACAAUGUCGCUACAAGCAGGGUGGAAAGUGCACACGGUGCAUUGAAAAAAUACUUUGGGACAUCACAAGGGUCAUUUGUUACUAGUUGGUAUAAUGCUCAUCAAAGGUUUGAAAAUGAUUUUGUGCAAAUCCAAAGUGACUUUGAGGAUAGCGCAACAAGAACCAUGCAUAACUUUUCGAAACAACCAAUGUUUCAGAUGCUUCUGAAUAAUGUGUCGCAUUUAGGUUUGAGGCUUUUCAAUGAUGAGUUAAAACGUAUGGACAAACAUGGGUCAGACACUAAAAAAUGUGGGUGUGUGAUUCUUACAACCAACGGGUUACCCUGUGCACACAUGUUGCUUCAAUUUAAGUUAUCUCAUGGUUUCAUACCUCUAAGCGCCAUCGAUUCAUUUUAUCGGCAAUUGACUACUACUCCACCAGUAAAAGACCGUACGACAAAAGCAUUUCAAGACUUGCUUGAAAUAAAAUCUAUUGAGAAAGUGUGGGAUGCUUCAACUGACACUCAAAGAGCUAUCAUGCAAUCAGAGCUUGGGGUGCUUGGAAAUUCAAAAACAAAUUACUUGAAGGAGCCGAAAGUGUCUGAAGUACAACACGGUAGGCCGACAAAGUUGCAGCAGAUGAAGAACAAGACAACUAAAAGAAACUUAUCUGAAUUUGAACUUGUUAAAAAUGCUUUUAACAUGUGCUGA